CACCCCACAACGCCAGCCAACUUUCAGCCAUGGACCUCCUCUCCUCUCCCUCCUUCCCCUCCUCCACCUCCACCUCCACCCUCCUCUCCUCCCUCAUCAUCCUUGCCGCCGCCUACCUCACUUUCAGGCAAUUCCGCCGCCGCCGGCCGCCCGUCUACCUCCUCGACUUCUCCUGCUUCAAACCCCCUCAAAACUACCGCGUCCCUUACGCCGCUUUCGCCGAACACGCUCGCUUCAUCCUCGGCGAGGAGACCGCCUCUUUCCUCAUUCGAGUGCUCGAAAAAUCCGGCCUUGGGGAGGAAACCGCCCUCCCCGUCGGCGCUCACUACAUUGAACCGACUCCGGUGCCGACUAUGAGCGGAUCGCGGGAGGAGGCCGAGCUGGUCAUCUUCUCCGCCGUCGACGACGUGUUGAAGAAGACGGGAGUUGACCCGAACGACAUUGGAGUUCUUGUUGUCAACAGCAACAGUUUUUAUCCGGUGCCCUCCUUGACCUCCAUGAUCGUCAACCGGUACAAGCUCAAAAGCGAUAUUCGGAGCUUCAGCCUUGCGAGCAUGGGAUGCAGCUCAGGGCCGAUUUCUGUUGGCCUUGCUAAGGAUCUCUUAAUUGCGAACCCAAACUCGGGUCUAGCUCUGGUCGUGUCCACUGAAAUCAUAACCUCCCCCAGCUGGUACCAAGGCAAGCUCCGGUCAAUGCUCAUCCCCAACUGCCUCUUCCGUCUUGGCGGCGCCGCCAUCCUCCUCUCCGCCUCCCCCUCCCACCGCCACCGCUCCAAAUACGAACUCCUCCACGUCGUCCGCACCCACCUCGCCUCCGACGACAUCGCCUACCGCUGCCUCUGGAUGGAAGAGGACGAAGCCGGACAUCUCGGCAUAUCCCUCGGCAAACAAGUCGUCGAAGUCGCCUCCAAAGCCCUCCAACUCCAUUUCGCUUCCCUCUGCCCUCUCGUCCUCCCCUUCUCCGAAAAACUCCGCUACAUCUCCUUUCUACUGCAACGCCCCAACAGCAAAUCGGACUCAUCCAAGCCGACUUUCGUCCCGCAGUUCAGGCGCGCGUUCGAACAUUUCUGCCUGCACGCUGGGGGGAAGGCGGUGGUGGACGGGCUGCAGAAGGUGUUGGAGCUGACGGACGAGGAGGUGGAGGCCACCAGGAUGUCGCUGCAUCGCUUCGGCAAUACGUCGAGCAGUUCGGUGUGGUAUGGGUUGGGGUACACGGAGGCGAAGGGGAGGGUGAGGAAGGGGGAUAGGAUCUGGCAGCUGGGACUUGGGGGCGGGUUUAAGUGUAAUAGUGCUGUUUGGAGGUGCGUUAGGGAUGUGGAUCCAAAGAAGGAAGCUGGUGGGGCGUGGGCGACUUGCGUUCAUAGGUACCCGGUUUAUUGCUCAUGAAACCGCGUUUUGUAACCGCGCAAGGUACAGUUAAGUAUAGUGCAAUCCAUUUGGCAAUUGUUAACGAGGAUUUGAACCAAAAAUUGUGGGAGUUUGUAGUACCUGAAUAAUUAUUCUUUGUGUUAUCAUCAAGGAAGAAGUGUAUGAUUAUUAUGAUUAUUAUUAUUGUAUUCAAUUGGUAAUUGGAUGGGUGAGGGGGGACUUUAAUUUGUGUUUGUCGGUUAUAGGGUUCAUUUCAUAAUGCUGUAUUGCUUUUAUAUUGCUGUUGUUGACUUUGUAUGAAAUAAUAUUAUCACAUUUUUAGCUUGA